CUGAGGAUUACCCGGCGUGCCCUGCGGGGAAAGAUGGCGGCAGAGGAGGGGAGAAGGAGAUAAACUUUAUCUGAAAACAGAAAUAGCCGAAACGCGGAUAGACACCAACAGCGAGAUUGGAAACUCGAGGAGAGGUAUCAGGUGGUUAGAUAGGUAGCUUACUGGACACACUGUGUGCAUUUACGACACUGAUCAGGAACGACUGGAUAACUUACAAGCUACAGCUAGCUUGCUAACGUAACCGUAGCUGCUACUGCGGUGUCCGCUCAAGAGGAAAAAAAGCGGAUAAACUUUAUUAUCCCGCACAGAGUCCGUAUUGAAUUUUGCGUCCGCAGGGUGUGACUGGCAGUGAUUGGAGACUGAAGAGGUCAUCGAUAGCCCCGAGGUCACAUGCCAGCGGAGGAGGGGAGGAGAGGAGGACUGUGGGAUUGAGUUUCCCCCGCCUGGAGAGAGAGCGACUCACGGGGAUGAUUCCCGAGCCACCGGCGAACACGCUUAAGGACUGACCGGACCGCCUCAACGCCAGGAUGACCAGCGCCGCCCCCGCCAGGAAGCCGUACCGCAAGGCGCCCCCGCAGCACCGCGAGGUCCGCCACACCCCGCCCGUGUUCCGGGAGGACCUGGCGCCCGCCGCGCCGCCCCCGCAGCCGGAGCCCUGCCAGGAGUCCUUGUGCGAUUCAGACAGGAUCAAGAUUCUUCAGCAGCAGAACGAGGACCUGCGGCGCAGGCUGACCCACACCACUCACAAGAUGGAGGCCAUGGAGACGGAGUUCCAGUCCAGCCGCCAUUUCAUGCAGGCCGAGAUCGGCCGCUCCAAGGACGACCUGGAGAAGAUGAGGGACAAGUUUCGGAGAUUGCAGAACAGUUACACUGCCUCUCAGAGAGCCAACCAGGACCUGGAGGAGAAGCUUCACGCCCUGCUCCGCAAGGUGGAGAGGGACAAGAAGACGAUGGACCAGGAGAUAGUGGAACUCACCAACAAACUCCUGGACGCGAAGAACACCAUCGACAAACUGGAGGAGUUGAACGAGCGCUACCGGCAGGACUGCAACCUGGCCGUGCAGCUGCUGAAGUGCAACAAGUCGCAUUUCAGAAACCACAAGUUCGCCGACCUCCCCUACGAGCUGCAGGACAUGGUGAACAAGCACAUGAAGACCAGCCUGCCGGACCGGGGCGCCCAGGCGCAGGACCCGGACUCCCUGAGCCUGACGCCGGCGGACGUGGUGCCCACCUCGGUCAUCGCCCGCGUCCUGGAGAAGCCGGAGCCGCUGGUGCUCAACUCGGCCCAGUCCAGCAGCAGCGCCGGCCGGCCCGUGGCCGAGGACGUCUUCGUGCACGUGGACAUGACGGGCCCCCCCCCCGGGGGGGAGGGGGGUGGCGGCGGCAGCGGCGGCAGCGGCGGCAGCGGCGGCAGCAGCAGCCAGGAGAACGGGGGCCAGGGUUUGGGUCUGGGUCGCCAGCUCAGCCAGGACCAGCAGCAGCAGCUGCUCCAGCAGCAGAACGGCAUGUCCCGUAGCCAGACCAGCCUGGACGGGCACUCCGGAGAGGAGGGGUGCGGGGGCGGGGGCGGGGGCGGGGGCCCGGUCGCCCCCUCCUUCGAGAAGCUCAACCCCUACCCCACCCCGCCGCCACCCCACCCCCUGUACCCCGGGCGCAAGGUGAUCGAGUUCUCCUCCGACGACAAGGUGAAGAUCCCCAAAAACAGCCCCCUGCCCAACUGCACCUACGCCACGCGGCAGGCCAUCUCCCUCAGCCUGGUGCAGAACGAGGAGGAGGCGGUCGAGCGGCAGCGCACCGUGCCCAACAGCCCCGCCGUGUCCGAGGGCGGCUGGCGCUCGGGGGCCUCCUCCUCCUCCGGCGGGCACCCCCGCGCCCCCCCCCAGCCCGACGCCGCGGACCCCCUCUCCAGCCAGUCCAGCCCCUUCAGCAGCCCCCCCCAGGCCCCCAGCGCCUUCGCCAGCUCGGGCAGCUCGGAGGAGGACCUGCUGGCCAACUGGCAGCGCAUGUUCGUGGAGAAGAUGGCGCCCGCCUCGCAGGGGACGCUGGUCAGCCGCACCUCCUUCAGCAGCGAGACGGUCAAGGACCUGGAGGACCGGCGGAACGGCAAGGCGGGCGGGGACCGGGACCGGGACCGCGACCGGGGGCUCCACCGGGGGGCCUACUCCGACGGGGAGGAGUCGUCCCCGCAGAGCUGGACGGCCAGCCGGGGGUCCAGCCUGGACACGGACACGGGCAGCUCCGACCUGCGCGGCCGCAAGGCCCAGUACGGCGGCGACUGCUCGCAGGAGGAGAGCGAGCGGCUGCUGAUGGGCCUGGACCCGCUGGACCCGCUGGACGACGGCGACAGCUGCGACACGGCCGUCACCGUGGCGACCGCCCUGGAGCAGGCCGGCCCCGCCAGCCCCGCCAGCCGCCGGAGGGAGUUCGUGGACGGCGGGUCGGCGGGAAGCUCCGCGGAGGAACGGGACGUCCUGCCCCAGGACUUCCCCGUCAUCGCGCCCAGGGCCCUGCCGGGCCUGGAGGACUUCGCCGAGAAGCCGCCGCCGCCGCCCCCGCCCCACGCCCAGGGCCCCGCCCGUCCCCAGAAGAGCCCCAAGAGGAUGGGGGUGCACCACCUGCACCGCAAGGACAGCCUGACCCGGGCGCAGGAGCACGGCAACCUGCUGGACUGAGACCCUGGCCCCGCCCUCCCCUGGCUCGAUCCGCACUCCCUGUGAACCGUCAGCAGGGGGCAGUGUAACUGCGAGGCCGUCGCCGUCUCUGCAAAAAACGGCCUCGCUCUGCAGUCUUGUCCUCCACCAAUGGGGCCUCGAGA